AUGCCCGACGAGGAAGAUCCAAUGGGACUGUCCAAUCCAGGUGAGGAGGUAUUUUGGUGUGUGGGUGAAUAUCAGGACAAUUGGGUUGUCCACCUAUCGAGGUCCAUGAAGGACAAAUCGCACGACCUCAUGAUAUACGAUGUUGCAGAAGUCGAUGAUGAUCUUGUGAGAGUGGAUGAGAGCGCAAUGUUAGUUCUAUGGAUAGGUAUCAAUGACGUAGCUAUGCAUCUUCAGAAUCCCACGUUGGACAUUGAGAUGUAUAUGUUGGAGGAAAUCUUGGAUAGGAUGUAUGUGUUAGGCUUAAGAAACUUGGUAUUGAUCGAUGUUCCUCCAAGAAGGCCAUCGAUGUCAUCCGCUUCAUUCAUGGAGACUAUCUCUUCAAGAAUAUCCCAAUGGAAUGACCUACUGCCAUCUCGAGUGCAACACUGGCUAUCGAAACCUAACACCACCUCAAAAAUCUUUUCUGCUCACGACGUAUUCACAGAGAUAUUCGAUGAUCCCACCAAAUAUAGGUUCAAACAUGAAGAUCCGGACAAAUCUAGCGGGGGCAUAUGGGUCGAUGGGUUACAUCCUACCUCGCAGGUCCACAAGGUCCUAGCGGACGAGCUCGAGAAAUUCUUGAGUGUUUGA